GAAAUAAGUUUAGUUUAGCUUGAAAAAUAGUGUCUCAAGUGUGAAAUUGUCCAUAAGAACGCAUUAGUAAAGACAAAUGAGUGGUAUCUGGCCAUAAUGCUGUCGCUUGAAUUCCUCGCAACGACGGUCGUGCCGGUAAUGGCGCUACUGUUCGUGGGAGCCAUUGGAUUUGCGAAUCUUUUUCACAACGUGCGGAAACGUUUCCCGAUCCGCGUCAAUUGCUGGUUUUGCAACGUUAAUACCAGAGUGCCGUACGAAAGCAGCAACUCCUGGUUCUGCCCGAGCUGUACCCAGUACAAUGGAUUCACAGAGGAUGGCGACUAUAAUCGGGAAAUUCCGGCCCAGUACCAAAGCCGGUUGAACCCGCAGGCGAACAUCACCGACGACGACAAGAUCAGCUACUCGACGCCGCACAAUGGGCUCUGUUUCGGGUGCAAUCGCAACCAGGAGCUGAAAAUUCACCAGCUGGCUUCGUUCGUUCCGGACGUGGAAGAGGAUUACGACGAGGAGGUGGAGGAGUACAAACGCGAGCUGGAGCAGACCUAUAAGCUGUGCUCCCGGUGCGAGCGAGUUGUGAAGCGGACCUUGAACGACGUGAAGAGGAACAUUCUAGGAUCUAAGUUGGCCCAAAUUGGGACCAAAGGGUUGAAGGUGUUUGAUAUGCACAUGAAGGAGAGCGAGAAGCAAAUUGCGGUCCGGAGGUUGAAAACUUUGGCCAAUGUCUGCUUGGCAGCUAUUUCGGUUAUCCUUCUAAUGAAGAUCGUUCAAAUAGUGAAUCAGAUGGAUCUGAGCCGGAAGCGACUGGAAUCGGUGUUCGGUCCGGAAGUGUUGCAGGCAAUCCUCGUCGUGGUUUCGUACUUGGUGGCAGUCAAGGAUACCUUACUUGCCCAGUGGAACGGAAUCAUGGAGCAACCCACCGUCAUAGACUCGGUAAAUCAGCUAAAGUGCGCCAAAAAUGUCUUCUCGCACUAUUGGAGCGAAAAAGUGGAUAUCCCGGAAGCAUUUGCUGACGUUCUUCGCGAGAAUCAGGACGUGACGACGGUGAUCCCGAGGCAUGUCCUGUCGAACUUGGCCCUGAUCGGACUAUCUGGCAUGCUGCUAGCAUUGAGAUUGCACGUGGGAAACCUGAAACCAACGAUCGUGAUCGUUUGCAGUAUGGUUGAAAUUGUACUUAAGACGGAUUAUGUCCGGGAAGUUUUCAACUUUGAAGCGCAUGCUGAAUCUAUUUGGUUCCUACUGGCAUCGAUCUCUCUGGUGGCCGCCCUUGGCUGCAUCGGUAAAACGGCUCCCAAAGUGAAACCCUCGGACGAUGUCAACUCCAGCUUCCACAAAAUCUACUCGCGGCAGGCCAUCGACGCGGACUGCUCGGACACCAUCGACGACAGCAGUUCCAUCCUUCAGGAUGCGUCCAUCUGCUCGCGACAGGGAUAUCCAACGGAGAAAUCGCCACCGGCGGCAAAUAAUCAUAGUGAAAAAUCGAUGGACACAACCAAAUCCAUCAGCCCUUCAGUUCUCAGUGCUUCCACUUUGCGCCCCUUCCUCGAUAUCUCGUUCAGCAGUCAGAUCGGUUCGCCUCGGUCCCACUGGGGUGGAUCCGUUUUGAACGUGAAUCGUCUCAAUGCCACCUUCCAGGAACAGUCCACCCGAGGCAGCGUCUGUCGUCCUAGUCCGGCCGUUUCGGUGGACAAUUUCACCACGGCCAUUGCCGGUCCAAACGAGUCUUCCCUUGGGUACGGGUUCAGCAAAUACGGCUACUCCACGGCUUGUCUUAACAAGUCGGUCCUCUUGGAAGAGGACGACCGCUUCGGAGAUGAUAUCGAUCGGCUUAGCAUCAGUGGCCACCUUUCCGUGUCCCGGAGAGACCUCACAAUGGUAAACAAUCCGUUCAGCACGCAUCACGUUGACCGCGAUGACGGGUUUUCCCUGCGCCACCGGAAGGUAACCAUCUCUCCUCCCCAACUAGGUACCGUAGCGGAAUCCGGAAGCUCCUGGAUCGCCGGCGGAUACUGGGGAGGUUCUCCGCAGAAAGAGGAUCCCCACAAUGCGACCUUCACCGCCCAGCCCUACAUGUCCCGAACGUCGUCACAAAGUUCGGGCUUUGAAUCUCAACCAACGCGCCGCCCCACACCGGAAGAACCUCCCGGUGUCGAUCUGGAUCGGGUGUCCCUCUUCUCGGAACCAGUUGGGGCCUUCCCAUCUAGUGCGAGCAGCGUGUCCGCAUUUCAACGACCAACCCCUCGUUUAAAUCAGUCUUUCCAUCUUCCGGUGCCGCAAUCAUCACCUGUUCCGUCUUCCCACGCAUCUUUCUACAGCCGUCCCGCGUAUCACUCGACCAGCGGUCGAAGUCUGUUCGGCGAAAGCAACCUCUUCCAGCACCAUCACGCUUCACCACAGGUCUCCUCACUGAUCUUUCCGCCGCAUCACUCCUACACGCCACCGGUAUUCAACGCCCACCCCGCCGGUUCCAACAAUCCAGCGUUGUCUUCUCCGUCGUGUUUGCCCGGUCAGAUGACCCCAAGGAACGGCAUCCGGCGCAGUCUGCUGAAUCUGAGUAAACUCGGAGGGAUAUCGGAAGCAGACGGGAAGCAGAGAGAAUAGAUCAAGAAAAUUGUUUUUGUCUAGUUUU